AUGGCGAAGGUCAAUAUUUGUAAUGUUGAGGUUUUGGACAAUCCUGCCUCAUUUUUCGAUCCAUUCAAGUUUCGUAUAACAUUUGAAUGUCACGAACCCUUAGAUGAUGAUUUAGAAUGGAAGUUAGUGUACGUCAGUAGUGCCUACAACCCGUCUUUAGACCAAACAUUGGAUUCCAUCUUAGUUGGCCCAAUUCCAGUUGGUCGUCAUCAGUUUUCUUUUGAGGCUAAUGCUCCUGACCCCAAGAUAAUUCCUAAUGAAGACGUGGUUGGCGUAACAGUUGUGCUUAUUCAAGCUUUGUAUAGGGAUAAGGAAUUCAUACGUGUUGGUUAUUAUGUUAACAAUGAGUACAAGAAUGAAGAAUUACGUCUUGAACCACCGGCCGAGCCUUUACUUAACGAACUGGAACGACAUAUAAUAGCUUCAGACCCUCGUGUUACUCGUUUCCCAAUUGAUUGGGGUGAUGGUCUUCUGGACGGGUGCCCAGAACCAGAACAACCCACCGAAGAUAAUGAAGAGUCUAAUUUACUAGGUAAUGAAGAACAAGUGGAAAAUACUUCUCAAUUGAACGGGGAAAAUGAAAAUGAUAAUUUGGAUCCAUCUAAUUUAUGUGAAGGCCAGUCUGGUAUACAGUUUAUGGAAAAUACAUCGUGUAUGUCGCUUCACCCUCUUCAGUCAACUGUUUCUGUUGACAGUUUUUAA